AUGGUUCAACAAUACAAGCUCAAGAACGUCUCGUCCUUCGCAGAUGUCAAGGAACUGGACAAGGUCGAAUGUGAGGUGGAAGGCAUUGAAGAAGGCAAGGUCCUCCUGGUUCGCCAUGAUGGCCAGGUUCAUGCCAUGACCCCCAAAUGUACCCAUUACGGUGCACCCUUGAAACUCGGUGUCGUAGCUCCUGAGGGUCGCAUCACUUGUCCCUGGCACGGAGCUUGCUUCAACGUUAUCACCGGGGAUGUCGAAGAUGCUCCGGCCCCCAAUGCCUUGAAGAAAUUCGAGGUGUUCGAACAGAAUGGUGCCGUUUACAUCAACGCAGAGGAGUCGGACAUCAAGUCUGCUCAGCGAGAUCCGGUGAUGAAAUGCAGUGCAUCCGACGCGGAGAGGUUGGUCAUUGUUGGCGGGGGAAGUGGUACUUUCGGCGUCAUCCAGGCGGUCCGCGAAUUGAAAUACAAAGGUGCCGUCACCGUGAUCACCCGGGAGCCUAAUCUCAUUAUCGAUCGGACCAAGCUGUCCAAGGCGUUGAUCGCCGACCCAGCAAAGAUUCAGUGGCGACCUGAGGAGUGGUACAAGGAGGCAUCCAUCGAUGUUACCCACGAUGAAGUGACCGGCGUCGACUUUGAGAAGAAGACAGUAUCCACUAAGUCCGGCAAGUCGCACCCCUACACCAAACUGGUGUUGGCCACGGGAGGUGUGCCGCGCACCCUCCCAUUGGAGGGAUUCAAAGAUCUCGGUAAUAUCUUCGUGCUCCGCACCAUUCCCGAUGUGCAGGCCAUUCAUCAGGCGCUGAGCGAGCAGAAGAACAAGAAGGUAGUCGUCAUCGGCAGUUCUUUCAUCGGUAUGGAGGUGGGCAACUGCCUCGCAAAGGAGAACGAAGUCACCAUUGUCGGCAUGGAGAAGGCCCCCAUGGAGCGAGUCAUGGGUGAACAGGUCGGCCGCAUAUUCCAGAAGAACCUGGAGAAGGCGGGCGUCAAGUUCAAGCUGAACGUGGGUGUCUCUAAAGCGACCCCCUCGAGCUCUGAUUCGAGCAAGGUUGGUGCUGUUCAUCUCGAUGAUGGCACCGAGCUGCAAGCCGACCUGGUGAUUCUGGGAGUUGGCGUGCGUCCCGCGACCGACUUCCUCAAUGAUAACCCAGCCAUCAGCCUGGAGAAGGAUGGUUCAAUCAAGACGGACGAGCACUUUGCUGUGAAGGGUCUGAACAACGAUGUCUUCGCCAUCGGCGACAUCGCCACCUACCCAUACCACGGACCUGGCGCUGACCAGGAUAAGGGCAGCUACACCCGGAUCGAGCACUGGAACGUGGCUCAGAAUGCCGGUCGAGGCGUGGCCCGCGCCAUCGCACACAGCUUGAAGGCUGGAUCCCUGCAGUCCUUGAAGCCUAAGGCGUUCAUUCCGAUCUUCUGGAGUGCUCUGGGUGCCCAGCUGCGGUACUGCGGCAGCACCGUGAACGGGUGGGACGAUCUGAUCCUGCAGGGAGAGCCCGAGAAUGCCAAAUUCGUGGCUUACUACACUAAGGGAGACACGGUCGUGGCCGUAGCGACGAUGGGUAUGGAUCCGGUCAUGGUCAAGUGUGCGGAGUUGAUGCGGCGGAAGAAUAUGCCGACCAAGUCGCAGAUUCAGGGUGGGGCGGACGUCUUGGCUGUCGAUGUUCCUACUUCCGUGAGAAUUUAG